UCUCCAUACUCGGCGCGAGCUUAAAUAGUCGGAAUACGAAAAAAAAGCUGUGUACCUAUAUAUGAUUCAAUAGCAGAGUGUAGCAGCUGAGAGAGUUGGAAGGACGAUAAAAGCAGGCUUCGAGGGGAAUCCGAGCGCAUCGACGCUGUACGCGCAGAAAUGCAAUAGCGCCUGCUCAAUUCAGCGGCGAAAUUCACUUUGUAAACGCGAGAGAGCGAGAGAGAGAGAGAGAGAGAGGGAGAGGAAGCAAUUGCCGCGCGUCGACGAUUGCGCCUACUGUCGUGUAAAUAUCCAGCCACGUCUACAUAUAUAGUAUAUAGUGCACGAGAGAGCGCAUAGUGCGUCGAAAAACAUUUUUACUCUUCUCGCACUCUCGAUGCAAAAAUUUUCGCGCAUCGAGAAAAAUUCGACAAUGAAUCAAUACUCCGACUUCCUCCCCCCGACGAGAGAAGUAAAUCUUCAAAUCCGAAUAUAGCGAGCGCGAGGCCUCUCGGCGGCUUAAAUAACGCGCUUUUCCGCCGUAUAAGUACCUCGCGCGCGCCGGAAGCGCCGCGCGAAUCGAACCGCAAAAAUUCCUCUCUCUCUCUCGCUCUCUCGUACGUAUAUGAAAUCCGCCGAAGGAGGGAUAUUCCAUCUAUCCAUCUCUCGACGGGGGCAAGAAAAAAAUAGAAGAGUACAAACUCGCUCAGCCGCGCGUAAACCUGCCGCAUAAUUACUCCGGCAUGGCGUCCGGAGAAGAGAGAGAUGAGAGAAAAGAUGAGGAGGAGGACGCCGAUUCCUCCUUCUUUUUCCCCAUAGGCCAGAGGGCGACUCUCAGUCUCCGGUAAUGACGCUAAUGGUAAAUCUGUGCGCGCGUCGCUGCCGCCGCCGUCGAUAGUUAUCGGAAUCGAUCAUUCAAUUUCGCGCGGCAAAUUGUCCGCGCCGGAAACUCAUAUCCGGGCGCUUCCGGUCCCCCAGAACCCCAGGAUUUUCGCCGCCGCCGCCAGCUGCAGAGAUAAACUCGCUUCCGGCACCCUACGACCCCGCUCUGCCAGUACACGCGUGCGAGAGAGAGAGAGAGAGAGCGCCCUCUCUGCUAUGUCGCGCGCGGGGGCGUGUACGUAACCUGCAGCGCACUGCAAUUUUUUUUAUUUUCCCUGGCGGAAAAUUCCAGGCGAUACAGUCGGAAAUUUCGAGUGCAGCGAGGUAAAGAGCAAACGCACUCGGCGCUGCAGCCCCGAUUAGCGCUCUUAGCGGGCUCGAUCUAAAUUCUCGCGAAGGUAUAGCUUCGCACACGCACACACACAUCAGCGAGCGCGUGUAGGAGUCAAAUAGUUCGCCGGCCGCGGAGUAUAAACGUCUCUAUCUCGGCGCGUGCAGCAACGGCCCGAUUAUCGAUUCGGCCGCUCCCUUCCUUCUCGUAUACAAGUCUAUGCGCUGCAGUGUGGUAUAGUCGUCGGGAUACGCUCGUUUGUGUGUGUAGGUGUAGGUGCGGCCAGAGGAUGCUGCAGCGGUGGACGAUUCCGAGGCUGCUGCUGCUGCUGCUGCUGCUGCAAUUUCACGCGCGCCCAACGCGAAAUUAGCAUGAGCGGAGGGAGAGAUUUUUCGGUCGCGUGGUGUAAGUACCGGCGACGAUCGAUUUUUUGCGCUUGGAUUUUCAAAGUUUAUUUUUUCAACUUUUUUAUCCGAGAGCCGCUGAUUGGCUUGCUCGGAAUUCGCGAGUUCCGACGGGGCGGAGAAACCGCGCUGGUGAAACCGCGAGGCGAAACAAAUGAUUAGCCGAGCUCAAAGUUCAAAAAAGCACGUCGAUAAACCUCGCUGCGCGAAAUUCCAAAAGCAAUCGAACGCGUCGAAGCACGUGAGGAGCGUGUACACGUUAAUUUUCACGCUGCAACGGGUACAUCGGCUCGCGCUCUCCCUCCACUCUUUUCAUCUUCUUCUCAAGGAGACACGAAAACCGAAUCGGACAGUUCGCGAGUCGUGAUUCCGAAGUCGGCGGCUAGCUCGAUAAGACGAGAUUUCAGCCGACGUGUGUGUAGUCGAUUUUUCUGGAAUUUUUCGCGAGUCCGCAGCGCGCACAGGGCAAAUCGUGUUAGCGGUUCGGCUUCUGUGCCUUAUUUGGACGGGACACAAAGCGGUUUAAUGAUAGGCCACUCGAUAGGUCGUAUUAGAGCCGCACGCUAUGAUAAAGUUACGGAGUGCCUCGCGGUGCAGGCUUGGACGAACCGAGCCGACGGGUAAUUAGAUUUCGCUCGGGCGUGUACGAUAAAUCGUGAAAUAUUAUUUUCAUUCAGUAUCAAGCAAUCGAAAGUCAUGGAGGCAUCGCGGGAAAGUGGUGGAGCGACUUGGUGAAAUAAAAAGCCGAGUGAAUUUUGCAUAAAACGAGAAUCCGAAAUGCCGAACGCCGGCCCCAUUGCCAUGUACGACGGCAGAAGCGAUCCAGCAGCAGCAGCACCGCAAGCAAACAACGGCAACGGUAAUAGCAGUAGUGGCAGAGGAGUAGCAGCCCCGAUCGAUCUCGAGUCCGGCGAGUCGAGCUUCUUCCCGCAGCCCAGAUCGCAGAGCUUGAGGAGACAGAGCAUCUCUCUGAACGCCGUCAUCAAUCAUCGGCGCGCGCUGCUCGGAGCGCUGUUCUCGGGGAUCGGCAGCAACACGUCGCUACCGUCGUGUGUACAGCAGGAGCAGGAGCUGAUGAUGCCCGGAAGUGGAGAACAGACGAGCGAGCCACCUCACAGGACGGGCGCGACGCAGCAGCUACAGCUCACGCCUGUUAACACAGCCAGUGUACCCCUCAGUAGCCUCGAUCCUCAGAAAGCGGAGAAGCCGUCUCUGGGAGCAUCGAAUUCGAGCACGUCGACCCGACACGAUCACCGUCGCAGACAGCAUGCGGAGCUGAUGUCGAGCAUCAGCACCCUGUACGCGAAGCUGCUCGUCGUCGUGGGUGUAGCUGUGCCGGUGACCGCGAGCGUCAGCCAGCAAGUGCCAGCAGCCCUCGAUCAGGGCUUCUACCUGUACCUCUACCUGGCGAGCGUCAUCUUCGUCGUGGCGAUGUACGCGACCCUGCUGCGCGACAAGGCCUUGAAGAAAAUGAUCCACAAGCACGUCAAGCACGAGGGCACGUACAACUUCGCGUCAGCCGCUACGUGUGUACCGUCGACCUUCCAGGAGAAGCUUGCCGGCAAGCAGUACAAGCCGGCUGCGGUGGAGGUGAACCGUAGGCCGACGCAGCAGUACGGAAGCUUCUGUCUGAGACUGGGAACGGUGGGCUUCGGCGCGGGAAGCUUGGUCUUCACCGGAUUGCAGAUCGGCGCCGAAUUAGCUUCCGGGCCGAUCCAUGCCAUCAUUCCGGCCACGAGGCUGCUGCUCGUCACCGCGCAGAUGCACUUCAUUUUCCUCAACAGCAAGGAUCUGGUGCUCACGAGACACGGGGCCCUCGCGAAGCUCGGACUGAUGCACCUCAUCGCCACCAACAUCUGCGAGUGGCUGCAGGCACUGGUAGAGGAGACGCAAUACGAGAUCGACCAGCUGGAGCACGACGAGCGCGACGGGGACGACGGGAUCCUGCGCAAGCUCCUUCGAGACGCCAGCCCUUUUCUCUUUCCCUGCACGAUCGAGUUCAGCCUCAUCUGCGCAGUCAUCCUCUACGAGAUGUGGAAGCGUGUGGACGAGCACCGAUGGGGGGACGCCGAGUCGAGCUCGUCCCAGGGCACGGCCAGGUCCAUGCAUCACCUCAGCAUCGAUUGCGGCAGCGCGCACAAAGGUCUCUUCGGCGGCAUCCUGGUGGUGGCGGCGACGGUCCUCAGCCUCAUCAUGUUCUUCGUCCUCCGCGAGGCCAAGCCGAAGAUGGCCAUCCAGCAGGUGACUUCCUUAGAAGUCGCCAUCCAGUUCUCGGGCACGAUCGUGGCGAUAAUGGCCGCGCUGAAGCUGCGCCACCUGGACUACCGCAACGCCAAACCGCCGCACCUGGACUCCACACUCCUCGCAGCUGCCCAGGCCGGCGUCUACCUGCACUGUCUCUUCGGCGCCGUAGGUAGCAUCCUGACCCGAGGCCCCACCUGGAUCCUUUGCCUCACCGCGGACUUCCUCGCCGUCCUCCAGAGCACCACACAGACCGUCCUCAUCAAGAUCGCCUGGAGGCGGCGCUCACGCUCGAACGAGAAGCCGGGCAAGGAGCUCAUCACCUUCCUCAUCGUGGUCAACAUCGCCAUGUGGACGGUCAACACGCUGGAGAAGUCCCGCGCGGGCGUCAGACCCGACCACCUCCAGUUCUUUGGCGUCUGGGCCUGGACCAUCAUUACUCACGUCUCCAUGCCGCUGGCGAUCUUCUACAGGUUCCACUCGGCCAUAUGCCUCUUCGAGGUCUGGAAGAGCUGCUACAAGUACCGGCCCCCUGUCAACAUCCUCCACAACUAUUGACGCUGUGGCUUUUGUUUUUUUUUUUCUGUUUGUACACAAUAAUAGAGCCUCCCGGGGGCGCGACAGUUUGAUACAGUUUACCCGCACGCUCGGGGCAACUACAUUUCCUCGGCCCAUGCGCGCGCCCGUGAGAGUGAGAGAGUGCUCUCAAGCUCGGAAGGGUGGCCUUUGUUGGCUGCUCCGCUGAUUUACUUAGCCCGGCGCAUCGAGUGCCUCUCAAACCAGUCAGUCAAGAAGCGCUGCGCGUUGUCUUGUGUGUGAGAGAUGCCGCGCGCUCGGUCGAGUAUGCUGUAUAUAGUCUCGCUGUACGUGCCGGCGAUGUGUACGUACACAUGGGAGAGAGAGAGAGAGAGAGAGAGAGAGAGAGAGAGAGAGAGAGAGAGAACAGCAGCAUCUUGGAGGCUUUUUCUCGUAGACUAAGUUCGUUGACGGGGGGCAGGCGCGGAGGAGAAGCUCUUCCCGGGAAUUAGUUUUCUGGCCGAUGGCCGCGUCCUCGAUUGGACGCAUCGAGAGUAGGUGCGAUGUUUGCUCACUUCUCUUUUUCAUUUAGCUCACUACAGGAAGAGAAGAAGAAGAACAACAACAAGUACAGGCUGAUGUAUACAUAGCUCACGAGAAUAAGGGACGCUGCGGAGCUCGAGGCUGCUGCAUUGUUCUCUCUCAGUCUGAUUCAAUUCCGCAAUCGCGACUUUUUAAUCGCGACAAACUUGCAGCGCUUUUGAAUCCGCGCGCAACUCUCUCUCACUGCGAAAAGCAGCGAGACUCUCUCUCUCUCUCUCUCUCUCACUCGUAAGUCGCAAAGUUUUAUUAGCGCGAUAAGCCGACCGCCGCGGCGGCAACGUCUAAUGAAAUCCCGUGGCCCAUCAGACACAGAGAGAGAGAGAGAGAGAGAGAGAGAGAGAGAGAGAGAGAGAGAGAGAGAGAGAGAGAGAGAGAGAGAGAGAGAGAGAGAGAGAGAGAGAGAGAGCGAGUUUGCUGCAUACACACUGCUCUGCACCAACACUCGUAUACAACCAGACGCGGAAUCCAUUCUCCGCCGUAGUAUAGCGCCGGUAUAAAGAAUAGCACGCCAUCCAUUAUACGUUGGCAAAUCCGAGAGAGGAGAGAAAAGCCAAAGCCGCCGCCUGUGUGUUUGGCGGAUGUAUCGGCGCUGCUGCAGCUAUGUUUGACAAACGCGAGAAGACGACACGGCACGGCUAUAAGUCGCGGAUUACUUCGGCGUCGAUUACGCUUUGUCAAUCGCGGGAUGGAAAAUAUUUUUCAAAACGACGAAAAAUCUAUCCGGCCGCCAAACAAGCCGGCGACCGCUAAUACAGAUCCUAGUGGAAGCUCACUCUCUUGCACUAUGUACCGUGUGUGUGCGGGUGUUGUAGCUGUAGCCGCGCUUUCGAAAGCAUCACAGCUGUAGCGCACGUUAACAGGCGCAACCGCAGCGCAACAAACAAACGCUGUGCGUUGGAGCCAGAGGCUAGUGCUUCAGAAGCCCGCUUAACUCGAUUCCCCGCGUCGUCGUCGUCGUCGUCGUCGAGGUGCGCGUGGUGGCAGCGGCAGCUGCAGUCCGAUAUACACAUUCGAGAGCCGCUGUAUAGAAGCUCACCCUACUACACGCAUAUGUAUACAUGCUUUGCUCUUCGAGGAGAGUGAAUAUAUGUAAGGGUGUAGCAUUGGUCGGAAAUGACGCACGUGUAUAACACAGCUCGAAUGAAGAUUGUAUUUAUAUUUCAUAUCCUGACGCGAGCGAGCGAAUGUGUACGUGUGUGUGUCGUUGGAGACCGAUGAUUGUCUCGUUUGCGUCGAUGAUUGUUUUCGCGCGCGCGAAUAUCGAAAUUUCGAAUAAGAGAGGAAACGAGCUCGCGCGCUGAUGAUGACUGUGUUUGUGUCCCUGUGAGGAUAGAUCGAUGAGCCGCGAUAAUUGCUUUUUCUUAACACGUGCAUGAAAAAGACCCGUUUCCAUGCCUCUAAAGUGAAUCGCAAGCUGCUCAUUUCGAGCGUGCGGGAGAGAAUUGCUAUUCCCCUCCCCCCCCCCCCGCUACUCAUAAACACUCAAAAUGCACACUCUAUAUGCAUGAAAACGGGUCUUUACAGGCACUUGUCAAAAAAAGUACGUGUGCAACAAGGGGGAAAAAGGGCAAUUUCUAACGAGCUUUCGGCGCCCUCGACUCCAACUCGUGCUCAAUUCUCACCCUCAUUAGAAAUCGCCCUUUUCCCCCCUAGUUGCACAAUAUACUAUUCGCGCACCGGUUAUUAUUAUCGCGCAUAUUAUGCGUGUGCAGCUGUAACUAUAUGUACAUGCCGCGUGUGUUUGUGUGUGUUGUUGUUAUAAAUUGAGGGGAAAGUCAAUUAAGUGUGCUCGACGAAUAAAUCAUUAUAGUUGACUUUUGGUCAAUACUGAAUUUGAGUAAUCAGGCCGAGAGAAAAAACACAAACAGUCGAGUAUACAUAUAGCGGAUCAGACUCUUUCUCUCCUGCUCUCGUUACAAGAAUGAAUACCCGGAAAAUCCCCUCAGCCGCGCAGAGACAUCAUAUCAGCGCGCGAGAAAAGCCAGCCCCGAGAGGAGGUAAUUCGCCCGGUGUAUGCCGGGAUUAGAAGCUGCAGCCGUGGAUCCAUUAAAAGACGCCAAUGCGGAGCACCUACACAGCUCGCUAAUAAUAUAUCCCCCAAUAAGCCGCGGCCAAUUAUUCCAGCUGCGCGCGAAAACCGUGACUUUUCCAUCGUCAAGUUACCGCGCGCGCCGGCCGCGAGAAAAAAAACGAGUUCACUGCAUACAUACAUAUAGUCGUUCGCUGGGCCUAAAAAAAUGUCGGAAAGUCGGCUCUGACAAAACUUUUUCCGCGGCGAAGCCCCUGUAAGACCGGAUAAUCUGAUCAUCUGAAGGCUCUCUCCCUCUCUCUCUCUCUCUCUCUGGCGUUAGCUCUGUAACCGAUAAAAAGCGCGCGCGCGCGAGAGAGAGAGAGAGAGAGAGAGAGAGAGAGGGAGAGAGGACUGGGAGGGAUAAAAGGAGCCGUGCUGCUGCCGCUGCUGAUGGGGAUGCAGCGCGCGUACCACGAGCCUUUAUUCUUCGCGCGAUUAUCGCGAGAGAGAGAGAGAGAGAGAGAGAGAGAGAGAGAGAGAGAGAGAGAGAGAGAGAGAGGAUAGGUACAGAGCUGAACCGAACGUGCUGCAACGAGUUGUAUUAUGGGAGGGCUUUAUUAAGGCUGUGGAGAGAGAAGAAGUCGUUUUCGAUUUGAGAGAGAAGCUGUGGGAGACUGCGGAAUUAAUUAUAUUUCUUAUGAUUCGAUCGUGCGGCCAAGGCUUCUGUUCGUGGCUGUGGAUGUAUUACGAAAAUUUAAUAAAUUAUGUUGUUUUGUUAAAAGAUCGAA